AUGAACAGACCGACAUGCUCCAAUGAGCAGAAUCGAUCGACGGAGGGACCCCGUAGUCCAUGCAACAGGCGAAACCGAUCCAUGGAAUACACAUCCGGCCUCGAUCCAGGACCCCCCUUGAAGCGACGACAGCUUUCGAGGUUGUCAGCGGAGGAGUCAUUCGACGGUGCUCCAGAUAACGGAGAUCUUGACAAUCCAAUCAGUUUCUGGGCGAGAGAAGGGCACUGGCCUCGUGAAUACUUCGAAUCUACAAUUGAGCGCGCACUGGCACGAAAGCGGCGUAAACAAUCCAACUCCGCAACAUGUACGACGCCAAGCGAUCAGAAGCCCCGAGAGGAGAAGAGCGCACAAUACCGAGACCCACGCUAUAAAGCACUGCUUGCAACCAAAGGUAGUUUUAUGGAUAAGUCAGAUCUUGGGAUUGCCGAAGCGAGCAAGAGAACUUGCCAUACCUUACUCAGCGCAGAGCAGACGAUCCCAAAGGAAUCCCUAUUUCGGGAUGACCUCUUUGAUCAGACAUGCCGGAGUGUCGAGGAUAGGAAUGAAGCGAGGAUCCUGAGAGAUAUCACACCUUUAAUCGUUCCCUCGGCGGAAAUCCUCGCCAUACACGGAUCCAUAGGCCUCAAGUGCUUGAUUGAAAUCCUCAAUGAGGGAUGGAACAACUCGGUUCCGCUGACUGGGGCCCGUCCUCAGCCAGACUACUCCGUCGGGUUCUGGCGAGAGGCGUUUACCGCAACCCAGCUUAACAAGCUGUCGCCGUUCAUUGGCGACUUCAUCGCUGGCGACCUAUCCUACUUCAUGGCUACGUACUCUUUAUAUUUCCCCUUCCUAGCCUGCGAAGUGAAGUGUGGAGCUGCGGCAUUGGAUAUCGCGGAUCGCCAGAACGCUCACAGUAUGACCCUUGCUGUCCGGGGCGUGGUUGAACUGUUCUAUCUAGUUGGACGUGAGAAUGAGAUUGACCGGCAGAUCCUCGCCUUCUCUGUCUCACAUGACCACCAGUCGGUGCGUAUCUAUGGCUACUACCCAGUAAUCAAUGGCAAAGAGGUUAAGUAUUAUCGCCACCCAAUCCGUAGCUUCUCCUUUACGGAACUUGACGGUAAAGAGAAGUGGGCGGCAUAUCAAUUUACUAAAAAUGUGUACGAUAUUUGGGUGCUAGACCAUUUUAUGAGGAUAUGUUCAGCUAUCGAAUAG